AAAUUACGGGCAGUCAGUCAGUGACACACCCGCACCAGUCACCAGUACCCUUCUCCCUCUCUCUCUCUCUCUCUCUCCCCCUCUUCCUCGCCCUCUCUCUCUCUCUCUCUCUCUGCUCUUCGACAAUUCUAUAUCUUGAUCUUCUCCCCGAUCACGAUCCGACGGUCCAGAAUGAAUAGAGCCUCCGCCACCGUCUCCUCCUCGUUCUAGCGUCGGAGCUCUCCAGAUCUGGUCUCCCCGCUCUCUGAUCUCUCUCUCUCUCUCCGGUAUACUUACUGUCCUAGGUUGGGUGUUUGGACGCACGGGCGGAUGGAAACUACCCACGGUUUGGUCGGGGCCACGGUCGCGCUAACGUGCGCCGGGGAGGCUCUCGCCACCCUGCUGGUUGCGGUUCUAGUCAAGACGCAGCUCUUGGCUCAAGGUUCCGUCAGGUUGUUACAGCAGGGGGAGCCUGAGAAAAAAGGAGAUGACCGCGACCGAAGCCAAUGCGAGCCGGUCGAUGCUGAGGGAGAUGAUGAAGAUGGUGAUGAUGAUGAAGAUGGAGAUGGAGGAUAUGGGGAAGGUGAAGAUGACCUGUCCUCCGAGGGGGGGCAGGAGUACGCCAACAACAACUCGAACAACAAGAGCAACUCGAAGAAGGGGCCUGGGGGUGGUGCCGGUGGGGCUGAGGAGAAUGGUGAGGAGGAGGAUGAAGAUGGGAACCCCGAGGAUGACGGUGAGGACGAUGACGACGAUGACGAUGAUGAUGAGGAUGGUGGAGAAGAGGACGAAGAUGACGAGGAGGAAGUAGGUGAGGAGGAGGAAGAGGAGGAGAACGAGGAGGAAGACGAGGACGAGGACGAGGAAGCCCUCCAGCCGCCGAAGAAGAGGAAGAAGUGAAUCUCGGCCGGGCGUAGCAGGUCACUGCUCGAUUCAGUCCGGUCGGUCCAGUCUCAUCCCUAGAAGAUAAUCUCUCAGAAUGUAACAACAUCCUUCCACUGACUCUCUCUCACGAAGUCUCUAGGAGACCUCUAUUAUCGUAGGAUUAAUGUCCUUUUUAUUACUUCUUGUUGCGAGAAGAAUGGUAGUGUAAGAUUAAGGAAUAGUUGAGCCGCGGCAACGAUGAUGAUUCCGAUGAAGAUGUUAUGCUUUUAGAUGAGCAUUUCUAAAUACCACAUGAAUCUCAUCUUUAUUAUGUAUUAUGAUUUAUGAGCAAUGCAUGAUAUUUUCUUCA